CAAUAGCUGACGUUAGCUGUCAAGGGGGUGGUUGUUUCAUGUAGCGGAACUACUUGUUGUUAACAUGUCAGUUUGGAGCAGAGGUGCUGUUUUUACUAAACUGCAAUAUCUAGCUACUUCCUCUCUCUACUUUCUAUCGCACCAUGUAUGAGUGUCAGUCAGUUAGCAUGUCACGAGGAAUUCGUUAGGGUUAGCUUUCUAGCUAGCCAUGGUGUCCUAAGAAUGGAUGUCAGUGAUUUAGCUAGCUAGCAACGCAACAGAAACAUUAGCCAGCUAGCUUGUACUUGUAAUUACUCAGGCUAAACUAGCUACUUAGCUGGCUAGCUAAUGUCACAAGUCUGUUGGCUUUUACCCAUUCUGUGGCAACUGGGUUUAGUCGGCAGGGAAAUAACAGUAACUAUAAACGGUAUUUUAUGCAAGGAAGGGCUCAGCAGUGCCUGGGUGCCCAGGGAGCCACUGCCUGAGUCAGUUGAGGCGGUGACGGGGAAACAACUGGACAUGAACGCUACUAAAGGAGGCCUGAUCAUCUUCUCCGCCAACUCCAACCCCGCUAGUCGGGAGUUGGGCAAGAGGAUUUCAGAGCGUUUGGGGGUGGAGCUGGGAAAGGUGCAGGUGUAUCAGGAGCCCAACAGAGAAACGCGGGUACAGAUCCAAGAGUCUGUUCGGGGAAAGGAUGUCUUUAUCAUCCAGACUGUGUCCAAGGAUGUCAACACCACCAUCAUGGAGCUCCUCAUCAUGGUGUACGCCUGUCGGACGUCCUGUGCGAGGAACAUCAUUGGCGUCAUCCCGUACUUUCCCUACAGCAAACAGUGCAAGAUGAGGAAAAGGGGUUCCAUCGUUUCCAAGCUGCUGGCCUCUAUGAUGUGCAAAGCAGGCCUCACCCAUCUCAUCACAAUGGACCUACACCAGAAAGAGAUCCAGGGCUUCUUCAACAUUCCCGUGGACAACCUGCGUGCAUCUCCUUUCCUUCUACAGUACAUUCAGGAGGAGAUCCCUGACUACAGAAACGCAGUUAUUGUGGCCAAGUCUCCAUCCUCGGCCAAGAGGGCGCAGUCGUUUGCUGAGAGGCUACGGCUGGGCAUCGCCGUCAUCCACGGAGAGGCGCAGGACGCCGAGUCGGACCUCGUGGAUGGGCGGCACUCCCCCCCCACCGUCAAAAACAUGGGGGCUAUUCAUCCCAGCCUGGAAAUCCCAUUGCUGAUCCCCAAAGAGAAGCCUCCAAUUACAGUGGUGGGAGAUGUGGGCGGGCGCAUCGCCAUCAUCGUGGACGACAUCAUCGAUGAUGUUGACAGCUUCCUGGCAGCGGCAGAGACUUUGAAGGAGCGGGGGGCCUACAAAAUCUUCGUCAUGGCGACGCACGGCAUCCUGUCAUCAGAUGCGCCGCGUCUCAUUGAAGAGUCUGCCAUCGAUGAGGUGGUCGUGACCAACACCAUUCCCCACGAGAUCCAGAAGCUGCAGUGUCCCAAGAUCAAGACGGUGGACAUCAGCAUGAUUCUGUCGGAGGCUAUCCGCCGCAUCCACAACGGAGAGUCCAUGUCCUACCUGUUCCGCAACAUCGGCCUGGACGACUGACGAAGCCCUGGCAGGCGCCUCCACUCACCCACCUCCUCCAAACUGCCAGACAAAUCAUGUGCGCAGAGGUCAAGGCUUUACCCAGCAUGCAUUUCUCACGCAGAGGGAAGAUGUGCUGCAGGGUCAACGCUUGUAUGUCUUAACCAUUAUUGUUUUUGUUUUUUUUGUGUUUUGUUAUGUUUUGAUUUUUUUUAGUUCUAGCUAACUUAAAAUAUGUCUGUGUGCUUAGGCGGGCAGUUCAGAAUUUAGUAGCAUGUGUGACUGUUUUGGCAAGCGGUAGGAUAAAUGAGGUCACAGUCUUAAUGCAGUGUGAGAUAUCAGAUUACACUCGAGGAGGAACGUUUCAUGUCAGUUUCACGUCAGCUUAUUUAUUUUUAUUAAUCGCCUCCCCUUCUAUCGAUGUCGCACUCUGUUCACAAUGCCUUUAACUUAUACGACGGGCUCAAAGCCACUGGAUAUCUCUCGGCUAUCAUGAAUUCGCAAGAGCUCAUCUCUUUUGCGUUUGACCGGGUAUGUGAAAACAUGUUACAACUGGGCACUCAGGCUCUUUGCAUUCCACCCACCGAGGGACUAUGCGCUAUAGCAUCUUCUUCUGUCACACUGUUGGUGUAGUGUACUGUAGUGAUCAUGACCAACCGUAGUGCAAACAGUAUUGUGCUGCUGCUAUGUACCAGGCUAGGUGUCUACCUUCAUAUCUGUUGGUGUAAUUAUGGUGCCACUGCAUGUUUUGUUGUGUGUGCAUAUGGAGCAGGCUCGAGCUGCACUUAAAAGUUGAGAUAACUGUUUAAUAUUGAGGCAGUUUGAAAACCAACUGUCAAAGAUCCAUAAACUAUAUGAUCACUGCUGUAAGUGGAAGGUGAAGAAGUAGACUGAAUGUGUUUUUUUUUUUUUUUUUUUUUUUUUUUUUUUUUCCCCCACUUCUUUCCAACCUGGUCUACUAAUACUUAAGAUAUUUGCCUGAAGAAUUCUUGCCACUGAUUACUGGGACCAUGUGUGUGCACUGUAGCUUUGGUGAUGGGUCGUGGUCGAUAUUUCAGGAUAUGUUGCCUCAGAGAACUUCAAUCUUUCAUUUCAAAACGAAAAGGCAAAUGCAGGGUCUUUGUAACCAUACUAAUAAUUCAGGCUUUUGUAUUUAUUUACAGCACUUGAUGGCCAAGAAUAAAAAAACAAA